AUGGAGGUGGACGUGGACGUGGAUCUGGACGUUGACGUGGACGUGGACCUGGACGUUGACGUGCGCGUGUACGUGGACGUGGACGUGGAAGACGUGGACGUGGACGUGGACGUGGACAUGGACGUGGACGUGGACGUGGACGUGGACGUGGAUGUGGACGUGGAGGACAUGGACGUGGACGUGGACGUGGACGUGGACGUAGAAAUGGACGUGGACGUGGACGUGGACGUUGACGCGGACGUGGACGUAGACGUGGACGUCGACGUGGACGUGGACCUGGACGUUGACGUGGAUCUGGACGAGGACGUGGACGUGGACGUAGACGUGGACAUAGAAAUGGACGUGGACGUGGACGUGGACGUGGACGUGGACCUGGACCUGGACCUGGACGUUGACGUGCACGUGGACGUGGACAUGGACGUGGACGUGGAGGACAUGGACGUGGACGUGGACGUGGACGUUGACGUGGACGUGGACGUGGACGUGGACGUGGACGUGGACAUGGACGUGGACGUGGACGUGGACGUGGACGUGGACAUGGACGUGGACGUGGACGUGGACCUGGAAAUGGACGUGGACGUGGACGUGGAGGUGGACGUGGACAUGGACAAGGACGUAGAAAUGGACGUGGACGUGGACGUGCACAUGGACGUGGACGUGGACGUGGACAUGGACGUGGAUGUGGACGUGGACGUGGACGUGGACGUGGACAUGGACGUGGACGUGGACAUGGACGUGGACGUAGAAAUGGACAUGGACGUGGACGUGGACAUGGACGUGGACGUAGACGUGGACGUGGACGUGGAUGUAGACGUGGACGUGGACAUGGACGUGGACGUGGACAUGGACGUGGACAUGGACGUAGACGUGGACGUGGACGUGGACGUGGACAUGGACGUGGACGUGGACGUGGAUGUGGACAUGGACGUGGACAUGGACGUAGACGUAGACGUGGACGUGGACAUGGACGUGGACGUGGACGUGGACGUGGACGUGGACGUGGACCUGGACGUGGACGUGGACGUGGACGUGGACGUGGACGUGGACGUGGACGUGGACGUGGACUUGGAAAUGGACGUGGACGUGGACGUGGACGUGGAGGUGGACGUGGACAUGGACAAGGACGUAGAAAUGGACGUGGACGUGGACGUGCACAUGGACGUGGACGUGGACGGGACAUGGACGUGGACGUGGACGUGGACGUGGACGUGGACGUGGACAUGGACGUGGACGUGGACAUGGACGUGGACGUAG